GUCUCUAUGGUAAAGUGGGCGGAGCCAGGGGAAAGAUGGCGGCGCCCGCAGCUGCAGCUGAGCCUCAGGCUUCCGGGGGUCCUCGGCCCCCAGUGUGUCUGUUGGUGUUGGGAAUGGCGGGAUCUGGGAAAACCACCUUUGUACAGAGGCUCACGGGACACCUGCAUAGCCAAGGCUCUCCACCUUAUGUGAUCAACCUGGACCCAGCUGUGCAUGAAGUUCCCUUUCCUGCCAACAUUGAUAUUCGUGACACUGUGAAGUAUAAAGAAGUCAUGAAACAAUAUGGACUUGGGCCCAAUGGUGGCAUAGUGACCUCACUCAAUCUCUUCGCUACAAGAUUUGAUCAGGUGAUGAAAUUUAUUGAGAAGGCCCAGAACAUUUCUAAAUAUGUCUUGAUUGACACACCUGGACAGAUUGAGGUAUUCACCUGGUCAGCUUCUGGGACAAUCAUCACCGAGGCCCUGGCAUCCUCAUUUCCAACGAUUGUCAUUUAUGUCAUGGACACAUCACGAAGUACCAACCCAGUAACCUUCAUGUCCAAUAUGCUCUAUGCUUGCAGCAUCUUGUACAAAACCAAGCUGCCUUUCAUUGUGGUUAUGAAUAAAACUGACAUCAUUGAUCACAGCUUUGCAGUGGAAUGGAUGCAGGAUUUUGAGGCUUUCCAAGAUGCCUUGAAUCAAGAGACUACAUAUGUCAGUAACCUGACUCGUUCCAUGAGCCUGGUGUUAGAUGAGUUUUACAGCUCGCUCAGGGUGGUGGGUGUGUCUGCUGUUCUGGGUACAGGCUUAGAUGAAUUCUUUGUGCAAGUCACCAGUGCUGCAGAAGAGUAUGAAAGGGAGUAUCGUCCUGAAUAUGAACGUCUGAAGAAAUCACUGGCCAGUGCACAGAGCCAGCAGCAGAAGGAACAGCUGGAACGCCUUCAGAAAGAUAUGGGCUCUGUAGCCUUGGACGCAGGGACAGCCACAGACAGUUUAUCUCCUGUGCUGGACCCUUCUGACUUGAUCUUGACUCGGGGAACCUUGGAUGAAGAGGAUGAGGAAGCAGACAGUGAUACUGAUGAUAUUGACCACAGAGUUACAGAGGACAGCCAUGAAGAGCCAGCAUUCCAGAAUUUUAUGCAAGAAUCAAUGGCACAGUACUGGAAGAGAAACAACAAAUAGUUUCUAGAAGACAAAAUUUUGGAACACUGUGUGAAGGAAUUAUCCUUACCUCUGACUGGGAGCUAAUAUAAAGGACGAGUUUGUUCAGAAUAGCAGAGUUUCUCUUAGUAGGGAAAUCUCCUGACUUGGAUGAAGCCAAGGAUAGGAGACAUUUGGACCUGGCAGGUAGAUGCCACUUCCCCUUGGCCUUUCCCUUGGAUUUAUGCAAGGAAGGAUAUUCUGACUGUUUUUGGAUGCUGAUAUCCCUUCAAGUCUAAAACUUCAAGUUUUAUCAUUUGAAGUCAAAUAUUUUUGCUGCUGAUGGAUAGAAGAGAGAGAGAACUUAGUGUUCACGUCACAUCUCUGUUAAUAGGCUGGAUCUAUAGCCUCUACUGCCCCAGCAUCUUGCCCUUGAGCCUGCUCCACAAGUUCCCCUCCUUUCAGCAGAAAGGCAGAGGGGAAAUAUGAGCUUGUCCAGAGUGGCAGUGCAGUCUCCUUGGCAACCAAUCAAUGUUGGUAUGAAAUGUGCCUCACACUGGGUAGCUCAUUAUAGAACACCAGCUUUGUCGAAGAAAGUGAGCAAAACAUAAUUAAUGAGUAAGAGUCCUGCUUUCAAUGAUGACUUGGAUAAAGAGUUUUUUAUUUUAA